UACGCAAUGAGAUCUCAUCUCAUUUAUUUUUCUGCAGUGUUGUGUUGGGUAGAUUUAUUAUUGGUUCCUCUUUUUUGAAAUUCACCUUCUGGCAGUGACACAAAUUUAUAUCUACCCUUACCUUUAAUAUCAUAUUCAAGUCUUCUCCUCUCUCUCUCUCUCUCUCUCUCUCUCUCUCUCUCUCUCGUAGCGAAGCGUCUCUUCCUUUUGACUUGUAGCUUAUAAUGAAGUAAAAUGGAGCCAAUGUUACCCAAAUCCCACAAACUCCCAUGAUACUAUGGUGGGGAUGAUAUUUUUGGUACUCCCAGGUGGAUCCAUGGUAGCAUAUGAUUCAAGUCUAAAGUUUCAGUCUUUGUAAGUUGUGUCCAUCUAUCUCCAGAAACAACAAUGGAGUGGAUUUUCCAUGAAAUAGAGAAAAGGAGCUUGCUUUCUCCAUCAGAGCAGCCAUAUUACCUCCCUCAAUCACCAAUACCAUUACUUCCUCCACCACAAAAUUUGCAGUCUGAUAGCUUCAAUUUGAACAACAAGGUUAGUCCAAGUAUAUUACUCAUCAUUAUAAUCCUAGCUAUCAUUUUCUUUGUUUCGGGUUUGCUUCACCUUUUAGUUAGAUUUCUUAUGAGACCUCCCAAUAGAGAGCCUGAAGAUAUAGACAAUGUGACUGCUCUUCAAGGGCAGUUGCAACAACUAUUCCAUCUCCAUGAUGCUGGUGUCGACCAAUCUUUUAUAGAUACUCUCCCUGUAUUCCACUACAAAUCCAUCAUAGGAGUAAAAAACCCAUUUGAUUGUGCUGUUUGCUUGUGUGAAUUCGAGCCUGAAGACAAGCUUAGAUUGCUACCAAAAUGCAGCCAUGCCUUCCACAUGGAGUGUAUUGACACUUGGCUUUUGUCUCAUUCCACAUGCCCUCUCUGUAGAGCUAGCUUACUCCCUGAUUUCUCUCCAAAUGAUAGCUGCUCCCCCAUUGUUCUUGUUCUUGAAUCUGGGAGUGAGAGCUCAAGAGAGAUUGUAACCGAUAGAGAAGGAGUUGUGGGCAGAAGCAGUUCACUUGUGAGAUCAAGUUCCCACCUAGGACUUUCUGGAGACACUGAAUUGGGGUCAUCCCAGCGUAAAUCAUGUGAAAUCCUGGAAAAAGAUGAAGUCAACCCAACAGUAGUGCAGUCUGGGGAAAAAGUUGUGCCUGUUAGGCUGGGAAAGUUUAGGAACGUUGAUGGCGGUGAAGGUAGCAGUAACAAUAACGUGGAUGAUAGAAGGUGUUUCUCUAUGGGUUCCUUCGCUUAUGUAAUGGAUGAGAAUUCUUUAUUGCAAGUGCCGAUAAGAACUCCAGCGAAGAAACCGUCGAGCAAGAAGAAGACUUGUUUGCCAUUGACUCCUGGUCACCGCCCAGCAAUUUCUGAAUGUGAUUGUGAAUCAAGAAGAGGGUUCAAUGGUUUUGAGAUCACGAGGCAGUUUGAAACCAAUGGGAGUUCUAGCACCAGUGACAACAAUGGCAAAGCCAUCGGUAAGAACAACAAAGAAAGCUUCUCAAUAUCCAAAAUCUGGCUUCGGGGGAAGAAGGAGAAGCAGAAUUUUACAGAGGAUUCGUCGAGGAGGGCCUUCUCAUUCCGAUUUCCGGUGCGCCAGAAUGCUGCUGCAGAUGACUGUAAUUCGAAGGUGAAGAAUGUUACCGAUGAUGCCAAGGAUACUAUUUCUGAGAUAGACUCUAGCAGGUGGGGAAAUGGUGUCAGUGAAUUAGGUUUCGACGAGGAAAACCAAAGCUCCUAUAGCUUAGAUUCACAAGCUAUAACACCAUCUUUUGCUAGGAGGACUCUGCUUUGGCUGGCUGGGAGACAAAACAAGGUUGUUCACUCAUCCUUUACACCAAAACUCUAGUUUGUUUUUUCCUUUUACAUUCUUUUCCUAGAGAACUUAGAUGAUCUUGUAGCAGGAAAAAAGGAAGAGAAAAAAGAAAAAGGUUAUAUUAUAAGAAAUCUUGGCCCAAAUCUUUCAUUCA